AUGGAGGGCUUUGCUUUGGAGAGAAAUUUCACAAGAGAGCUUACACUAAACAAAACAAGCUCAGCUUUGCCAGCGUUGGGGAAACAACGGCAUGUUUUCAUCCCGGUUUUGAACAUUGUUCUCUCCAUGAUAGCAACACUGGGAAACGUUUUGAUCCUUGUGGCACUCCGUAAAGUUUCUUCUCUUCAUCCUCCAACAAAGCUCCUGUUUCGAUGCCUAGCGUUCACUGAUCUUUGUGUUGGCCUCAUCUCACAGCCUCUGUACGCUGUCGCUGUGAUGCCUCGGUCAACAAAAAUAAACAGAGAUAUUUUGAGCUAUUUCAUCAUGGGAAACUAUGUUUCAAGUUAUAUCUUAUGUGGAGUAUCAGCCUUAACAUCCACUUCUAUAAGUGUGGACAGGCUUCUGGCUUUAUUAUUGGGGCUGAGGUACAGACAAGUUGUUACCCUGAAACGCGUCCGUGUACUUCUGUCAUGUCUUUGGGCGGUAAGCAUCUUUGGUGGAUCAAUGUAUCUUUGGAGUAUUCGUAUCACCUGGAUUGUAGUAGCGUUUUUUCUUAUACUUUGCCUUGUUACUUCUAUUUUCUCCUACAUAAAGAUUUAUAUCAAGUUACUGGAGCAUCAAACACGAGUUCAAGACAGCGUUGGUCAUGCGCCUCCCAACGGAGGAGGAAUUCCGCUGAACGAUAUGACAAGGUAUCAGAAGACUGUGUCUAGCAUAUCAUGGGUGCAGUUGGCAUUAAUUUUUUGCUAUGCCCCUUACGGGAUUGAAUCUAUCUUAUGGAUACAAGGAGUAACAUCCGAAGGCGCAGUGAACUGGCUUUCUACAGCAACUCUAGUUUACUUAAAUUCAUCUCUGAACCCCAUUCUUUACUGCUGGAAGUUGAGAGAAGUGAGACAAGCAGCAAAGCACACAAUUAAACAAAUGUGUCAUUUCAUGAAUUAA